AUGUCCUCAAGCGCGCUUGGCAGCAGUUUGGCAGCGCUGGUUCGCGUGGCUCCGCCCGCCGAAAGGCUUCCGCAGCGCCGGGCGCGCAUCAGCGUGUCCGAGGCCCCCCGGGGCGCCGCACCCACGUUGGUUGUGGUCGAGCACAAAGACGGCCGGCUGGGGCCUGCCACGCUGCCGGCGGUCUCCGCGGCCGCAGAGCUCGGCGGCGACUUGACGGCGCUGGUGGCGGGGGAGGGGGUCCGGGACGUGGCGCGGGCGGUGGCGGGCGUGGCGGGAGUAGGCCAGGUGCUUGUGGCUGAGAAUGAGAGUUUGAAGCACCAGCUGGCAGAGCCAAUGGCGGAUCUCCUUGCAGAAAUGCAGAAAAGGCGAAGCUUCUCCCACGUGCUGGCACCGGCGACGACGUUUGGCAAGAAUCUGUUGCCCAGGUUCGCCGCUCUUGUGGGUGUGCAGCCAAUCAGCGACAUCAUAGGAAUCGCUGGAGAUUCGACCUACUCCAGGCCCAUCUAUGCCGGGAACGCCAUAGCAACUGUGCGUUACACUGCAGAGGGACCCCAGGUCAUCACGGUGCGGCCCACGUCCUUUCCAGCCGCAGCGACCAGAGACUCACCCCAGGUGCCUGUGGAGGACGUUAGCGGCUCAGAGCUGUCCGCGGCAACCAACUGGUCUGAGAAGGUGGCCUGGGAGGCAGAGGAGGGCUCAACGAGCGACCGCCCCGAGCUGGGCACCGCCAAGGUGGUGGUGUCGGGCGGCCGGGCUCUGAAAAGCGCCGAAAAUUUCAAGAUGCUGGAGAGGCUGGCGGACAUGCUCGGCGGCGCCGUGGGUGCAUCCAGGGCGGCCGUGGACUCGGGUUUUGUGCCCAAUGACUAUCAGGUUGGUCAAACUGGCAAAGUGGUGGCGCCGGAUCUCUACAUAGCGGUGGGCAUCUCUGGAGCCAUCCAGCACCUGGCGGGCAUAAAGGACGCCAAGGUCGUGGUGGCCAUCAACACAGACUCCACGGCGCCCAUCUUUCAGGUUGCUGACUAUGGCCUUGAGCAGGACCUCUUCACAGCACUUCCAGAGUUGGAACAAGAGUUGGCCAAGUUGCCCCCAAGACCUGCUUGA